CAUUGUCAAUAAAUUGUCAUUCCACAUUUUAGAUUUUUAUUUGCAAGCAGCAGCUAAUAAUUUGUAAUUGGUAUGCUACAAUUUAAGUAAGUUAUUAUUUCGCAAAGGAAAAUCAGUGAAAAUGGCUGAACAACUAACUAUACAUGAUGAUAUGAAACUGUACACAACAGCUGACAGGUUUUAUUUUGAACCUACCAUCAAUCCAACAGAGGUGUUGGUCAUUGACAGAAUAACUGGGGAGGCUGAAGUGAAAGAUAUCAAUACAGUGAAAAUUCCCAUACCAGCGAAUGCAUACAAACCUGUGUGUGGCUUCCUUGGUUCCAUAAAACUUAUAUCUGGAUUAUAUUUAGUUGUAGCAAAGUACAGAAUUCUGGUAGGUAAGAUAAAUGGUCAAGACAUUUACCAACUAGCAGGCACGGAUGUGAUACCAUACUCUCGGUCUACAAAUCAUCUAACAAAUAAACAGAUUGAAGACAACAACACAUAUGAAAGGUUGCUGAAAGCGGCUUUGGAGACACCUGGGAUAUAUUUCUCAUAUGGCUAUGACCUCACUCACUCAAUGCAAAGGUUGCACUCGGUGCCACCAGAUUUUCAUAAGAUGUCACUAGCAAGUCGGGCGGACGCACGGUUUCUAUGGAAUGGCUACCUUCUCAAAGAGUAUUCACACCAGCAGUUCUCAAGAUUCGCGCUGCCUAUCAUCCAAGGCUUCGUAGCAAUAAACCGUGUGACGGUGAACGGGCAGCAGCUGAUAUGGACGCUGGUGUCUCGGCGCAGCGUGGACCGCGCGGGCACCCGCCUGUUCAUGCGCGGGAUUGAUGCUCAGGGUAAUGUAGCAAACUUCGUGGAGACCGAACAAAUAGUGGAACGUGGUGGUGAGAAGUCAUCGUUCGUCCAGACCAGAGGGUCAAUACCUCUGUACUGGAGCCAGUACCCCAACCUGAAGUACAAGCCCGCCGUGGCGCUGUCCCCGGAGGAUCACGUCGCAGCGUACACUCGACACUUGAGGGACCAGCUGCAGAGAUACGGGAACCAAGUGUUGCUGAAUUUGAUCGACCAACACGGCAAAGAAGAAGACUUAGAGCGCGGCUACCGGGCGGCGGUGGCGGCGGCCGCGCUGCCCGCCGUGCGCUACGAGCCCUUCGACUUCCACGCGGAGUGUCGCGGCAUGCGAUACGACCGGCUCAACGUGCUCAUGGACCGGAUAGCGCAUGAACAGACGGAGUUCGGCUACUUCCUGUCGCGCGGCGGCACGGUGCUGCUGCGCCAGAGCGGCGUGUUCCGCACCAACUGCGUGGACUGCCUCGACCGCACCAACGUGGUGCAGAGCCUGCUGGCGCGCCGCCAGCUCGCCGCCGUGCUCAAGCUGCUGGCCGUCGCCGCCGCCGACGAGCGCCACCCGCACCUGGACGCGCUCUUCAACACCGUAUGGGCAGACCACGCCGACAUGAUCUCGGUGCAGUACUCGGGCACGGGCGCGCUGAAGACAGACUUCACGCGCACCGGCAAGCGCACGCGGCUGGGCCUGCUGCGGGACGGCAUCAACUCGCUCACCAGAUACUACAAGAACAACUUCAGCGACGGCUUCCGACAGGACACGAUUGACCUGUUCCUGGGUAAAUAUGUCGUUAUGGAGGGUGAGGGCACCACAGUGCUGUGUCCGUUGCGACGAGACCGAGACUGGAAAUAUAUCACAUUCCCGUCGGUGCUGCUGGUGGCGGUGUCCAUGUUCUGCGCCAGCGCCGCGCUGCCGUCGCGGAACUCCACGGAGGUGCUGCUGUACCUCAUGUUCUGGGGCGCCGCCGUCGGUGCCACGCUCACUUUCAUAUUCAGACACGGCACGGAGUUCGUGGACUGGCCGCGGUUGGACUGCGGCGGACUCGCCACGACUCUCGCCGCGCCGCAGCCGCCUUUAUGAUCGACAUGCCGCUCGUAGUCGUCGUCUGACACACACUCACACACACAUACACGACAAGCUCAGACAAGAUCACACAUAUAUAUAUUUCUAGAGGGGAUGUGUGACCAGGCCAGACGGGUGAUCAGUCUCAACUAUAUUAAAGCCAAAUUCGUUGUGGAAUGUUUAUCAACUAACUAAUUAAAGUGUGGAUACAAAUCGCUUCUUGCUACUUAAUAAUAAUUUGAAGUAACUUGUUCCUGAAUUAAGCAGAAUAAAUUUAUUUAAAGUGAUUUUCAGAUAGCAUGGGUACGGUGACAGUUGCCUUAUGACAUAAUACGUACUAUUAUCGUAAAUCGCGGCUAACUUUCAAGAGUGAAAUGAACUGUCACCGCACCCAUGCCAUCUGAAAAACACUAUAAUAACCUUAGAACAAUUAUAUAUAGUAAAUAUAUAAUUUUAAAUUAAUUAGGUGUAAAAUUCAUUUUCUACCUUCAUUUUAAAUUUGUUGAUAAAUAUUCCACAUAAAGUUUGGCUGUAGUAUAGGGACUAUUCCAUCCAAUUCCCCUGGUAUAGGACAUGGUUUAGAAUUUAGAUGGAGUCCCGCCAGUUUUCCCCCUCAAACCUUACAGUAGCCUCCAUGAAUCUGACAAGAUCACACGCAGGUAAUGAACUGUCGCAAUGCCUUGAACAACGAUCGUCUGUUGAUGACAUAAUUUUGUUCCUUAUAUUAUCAAAACAAGUAAAAUUUAUAGUAUUCGACUGCGUACAAUAUAUGGGAGAUCCAAGAAGUAUGCCCUAUAUCACUCUCAGGAAUUAUCUAUACACGGUAGAUAGAGAAAGCAAUAGACAACUGAUUGGAAUUCUGUUGUAAGUCAAAAGAUGUAUGAUUUUGACAUCCCAAAUACACUGAACCAUUUUUUCACUCAAUAUAUUUUAUACUGACUGGUUAACUGUAAUUUGCAAAAGUUAAGGCUUUAAUUCAGAGCUUAAAAUAUGUUUAUUCUUGUUUGAACAAUCGCUUGUACAUGGAACACACAUAUAAGUUGGUAUUUUUCACGAGGAAAUUAAUGGAUGCUUUCUAAUCUAAACGUCUAUUUACUUCUCUGUCUACGAUUUGUCUAUAUAUAAUGGUGAGGGUGGCGUGAAUUUUAUCUUGGUUUGACGUAACUAGAGAUUGACAAUGUCUAAAUCGUAUUCGUAAAUACCGAUUAACGAUUCCCAGUUGGUCUAACAUGAUCUCGUGAAGACGAAAUGACGAAUGGUUGGUCGAACUGGAAAUAUCUAUCUCUCUUUUUCGUCCUAUCACAACGAAAGAGAAAACGAUAUUUCCGGCGCUAUUUGUUGACAAUAUGUAUCGUGGGUCACAUGUUUACCCAACAAGUACAUCGUAUCUUAUACUAAAGCCGAACUCGCUGUGCAAUCUUUAUCAAUUUAUAUAAUGAUUUAUUUAUUUUGCUAUCAUCCUGAUGAUGAGAUGUUGACUCUACAACGUGCAAUUGCACGUUGUAGAGUCAACAUCUCCUGAGGAUGCUCCGGUUUCGGGGUGAAACGUACGUAGAGAGUAUUUUGUCGGACCUGGGUGACGUUGUCGCAUGGGUUCGCCGAAUUUUCGCGGAUGAUAGCAAAAUAAAUAAAUCAUUAUAUAAUCAUGAUGAACUUCCGCAAAGUAACGCCUGCUUCUAUCCAAUAUUUAUCAAUUUAUUUUAAAAUAAAACCAUAUAAACAAAAUUUUCUAAAUGUAAUUAUUUAUAAGUUCGAUUUAUUUUAUUUCAAAGUCGAUUUACUAUAUUUAUUUGUAUCUUAUGCGUGGCAAUUCACUAAGUGGGCGGUACCUUUCAAUGAAUUAAGACAUUAUCCUUAUUUUACCGAAAAAUAACAUGAAUCUUCUUAGACCAACUCACCCAUCAUCCUAUAACGAACAAACUAUAGAUAGAUUAUUGUACGUAUAUAAGUCUCAUUACAAUACUUGUUAUGUUAAAAUCUUAAUAGCUUAACAUAAUACAUGAAUAUUUCUACUUAAAACCAUCACCCUACUUCGGAAGUCGGAUAAAAAACCACAGCACACACCUUAUGUAAAACGAGGGUGUGCUUUUUUUUUAAAAAAAAUUGUAUCAAAAAAACAGUUCUGAAUUAACCAUAAAAUUCAGUAUGAUAUGAAACUCGGAACAAUAGUGACCUUUGACUAAAGUGUUAGUUAAAUUUUAAAAACUCUGCUGAUUUUAGUCUUCCGAUGAAAAUUCCGAUUCCGCAUUCCGAGGAAAAAUAUAGAUUCAAGAAAAUUUAUUAAAAUGGGCUAAAAGUUUUUUUGAAAUGUUUAAAUCUCAUGAUAUUAUUCAAAACAAAGUUAUUAAAAUUUGGGUUCUUAAUCAAUUAGAGAAGUGAAUAAGAUUGUGCACCUUCAACUUAAGAAUAAAUAGGCAUUUUCUAGGCAAGCGGGCUCCAAUAUAGACCUCAUCAUUGCUUCCUUCGCAUGAUUGUAGUCAAUGGCAAGUCUAUUUUUUAGUAUACAAAAUAAAUAAAACUUUAACUAAAGGAAGUUACACUAGUUUGACUAAUAGAAGGUAAAUCUUUCUUAAAGUUCGUUUCCAAGUUAUUGUUAAAUACGAUAUCUCGUUACCUAUUGUCAUAAAAUUCGAUUUUUUAACAAUAUUUGCAAGCACCAUGUAAAAUAAACAUUUGUAAUAUGAAGAUGCCAACUAUAUUUGCAUAUUUUUUCGGAAUAUAUAUUUUGCAACCACUGUACUUUUUCUAACUUUAUGAAACUAUUCUUAUAAUUCCACGUUGUAGGGAAAUUAUAUAAAAAUUUAAUUGAUUAAUUAAUAUGCACGAAUAUGAAAUACAUUGUCUAAGAGUUGUGGUUCAUAGGGGAUUGUGUGAUUGUAAUAACACAACACAAGCUACGUUCGUUGAGAUUGUGAUGUGUGAAUUCUGAUUAAUAUUUCAGAUAUAAUCUAAAAGCUCUAACAGUGACAAAAGAAAUUUUACUUACCAUUUUAUUCUGCUAAAAGUUAUCUCAGAAAUCUUUAGAAUAACAUUCAUCUUGUGAUCUUAAAUGAUGAGCCACAUUCUCUCCAAUCAUAGGCAAACCACUUAUGUUUUGCCUAUGGUUGGAGAGCAAACAAUACCAAAAAUGUUGUCACAUAUUCCUGCAAUGUGAAACAUAUACCUCAAAACUUAGAGUGCAUUUUUCAUAUUACCAUACGCUUCAUAUUCUAAGAUAAGAUAGGUGGAUAUUUUCUGACUUGUUGUUCUUUAUUGUGGUGAAAUGAAAUGUUUAAAAAGUUUUAAGUCAUUCCAUUUUUUUAAUAUAGUCAUUUGAUUCACUUUUUGAUGUGACAAAUUCUGAGUAUCACAUAGACUUUGCUAUGGACAAAAUAAAGUCUAAAUUGUAAUAUCAUCAACGUUGAUAAGUGAAUUAAAUGAUGUGAUUUGUGUGAAAGUCUUUCGCGUUUAACUUGUUAUAAUAUGUAUUUUAUUUAAAAAAAAAUGAUGUUUUGCAUUAUAUAUUUGUGUUGUGAAGUGUAUAGCAAGGUGAAGUUUUUUCACACAAAUGGAAUUAAUUUGUGUUGUCAUAGUGUGGUAUGGGUGUAAAGUAAAAUCGUGUACAAAUGAGUUAAAAAAAAAUCUCCCUGUUUCAAGACUACACUGACGUACUGAUUGAUUUUUUGAUGACGGACUGAUUUUUUUUCUAAAUUAGGUAUAUUUUGAAUACAUAGGUGUAUUUCCACCUAUGUAUUCAAAAUAUACUCGUACUUACUUUUCAAUUAUUAUUUCUGAAAUACAUCAUAUUGUACUAAUUUAAAGUAUUUAUGUGUUUAUCGCUCCACCUUCUGGUAUUUAUCACAAUCAAAUACGUAUGUUUAAAAAAUGUGUUUUUAUUUCUUUUCAUUUGUGUGAAACAACGUCAAAACAAACUGGUAGACGACGCUCGAGCUGGCAUUCAUGUAUGUCUAAUGUCUGUUUAGAAAUAACAUUGUUUACAUGUUUUAUAUUUUGAUCAUAAUGUGUUUAGCAGUUUAAUGUCUUGACUUUGAGCCAAGUUGGUUUAAUUCUAAAUUCUUACAGCUUUGGCCAUGCCUUCCCAUAAUACUGUUUUACUUGAGCAUUGACUGAGCCUUAUUUUAAUUAUUGAAAAAUGAUUCCAAUUUAACGAUGUUGUUUCUAUAAUGUUGUUGUUUUUAUUGUCUAGGUAAUUGACUUUUUAAAUUAUUGCUCUUUUUUAUUGUUUAAGUAUAUUAUUGUCUAAUGCUUCAUGUAAUGUAUUUGUACUAAAAGUUUUCAAAUGAUUGUUUAUCUUAUAAAUAGGUAAAUGUUUUAUGACUGGUAUUAUUUUAAUAAAUUGUCGAAACAUUCUA